AUUUAUUACGAUCUCGCGUCUCAAAGGAAUGUUCAGUUUACGAUUAUUCGCUCAUCAUGAAGGAACAGUGGAGCAUUAGUGAGAAUAACAUGCAACUCGCAGAUAUGGAAGAAGGAUUAUAUCAGGGAAAGCAAAAGUACAUGAAGAGAAUCGAAUAUAAAACCAACUGUUGCAUAGGAUGCAUACCCUAUCUCAGACUGAUACUCUUAUUAGAAGUAACGUUGUUCUUCGGAUGGGGUUGUUACAUGAUCUUGCAGAAUUAUCGUCCCGGAGAAAUAAAAAGUGAGACUACGAGCAUCACUAUUGAGAGAAAUCCAUCAAUGAUUGAAUCUGAAUCAUUAUCUGAAAUACAGAAGUCCAAAUAUCCAAAUACAGAGAUCCCUGGGAUAUUUGUCAAGCCUGAGGUCAUUAUAGAUAAGAUAAAUAAUCUUUUAGAAAACAUGAAAUUUGCGAAAGAUCAAGAUUUAACGGACAACAAGGGAACUGUAACCCUGGUAACAAAUGUACCCAGGAUGAUGCAAGCAAAUAUGCAAAAUUCUAAUAACAUGAAAAGUAAUAACAUUGGAAUAAAUGCCAUCGACAGAUUAUUGUCAACACUAUCAUCUAGAAAUUUAGAUAAGAAGUUUACGAAGAGCUCAGUACCCCAAAUAUUAUUUUCAGUUGAAUACAUUGAUAAAAAUACUGACGAUAAUGUUGACAAGGACGAUGAAUUUUUCCACCCUACACUAUUUUUUGAGAAACUACGAAAUAUAAGUAAAAUAAAAGCAACUAACGAUUUAGAAAAAAUCGAAAGGAAUGAUUUUACUGAGAAUGUUAAUCGUUUGACAUUAGGAAGUCAAGAAAAUCAUGCGUUGGAUGAGUCUAACAAGCUUAAUGAUUUAGAAUUAAACAUUGUAACAAUCUUAAAUCCUGAGAAUUUUAUAGAUCAUAGUGAAGAUCUGAUAAAUGCUUUGCAAGAUUCGGAACAGGAAUUUUCCGAUUCAACCAAAGAUGCGGCACAGGAAAAUUCUUUAUUUGAUGAUACCGAUAAACGAGUAAAUGCACGAGCUGAAGAACUAGGUAUUGUGAUAUGCCCACCUUACGAGUCUCAUGAGUUUUCUGAUAUGUUAACAAAAGACUCGUCCAUAGGUUUUCCUAUUUCUCAGCCUCUAUUAGCACAAGAAAGUUCAGAACAAAUCGAAAAUGGGUCAAGCGAUGAUAUUGCUGAAAGAAUUGAAGAUAAACACGAUAUAAAAGGUAGCGAUAUGUCAGCAUUUACGUCCGGAAGCCAAGAUCGUUUUGAUUUAUCGGGCAUCACUGUGCAAGAUAUAAAAGAUUUAUAUUCAUCUGAGAGUCUCGCAAAGAUGAAAGAAGAUGAGAAAUACGAAUCAACGGAGAAUACUGAGAAUCCUUACAAAUUAUGGUUUUUCCGACCAAAUUCCGAGAUGAUAGAAUCCUCGACGCCAAAUGUUGAUAAAUUCCAAUGGUUUAAUGGGCCCCCUUCCUUUGUAGAUCUUGAACUGGGAGAUAUACCGAGGUCAAGCGAGAUACAUCAUCGAGUUAGUUCAUUGUGGGAUACGAACGAGGACAUGGAUGUUGACGAUGUUAUUCCAGGAAGUCAGUGCGAGAUAACAAUUAAAAUGGGUAUUCUCAAAGUGAAUUGUCCCGCUAUUAAGUUCAAUGAAGAAUGGAAUGUCACCUCGCCCGAAAUACCUCCAACCGAUGUCCCGAAAGUCACUAAUUUUGAAGACAUUUUGGACGGUUACUUACGUACCGAGUGUGACGAAGAUGCAAAUGAGAAAUUGGAGGUUGAAAAUAUUUCUAAUGAAAAUUCUGAUAAAGAAGUUACGGCAUCGCGGAAUGGCGUACCUAAAAUAAUCAACGCGAUUGAAUCACAAGAAAGCACAAGUGUGAAAAUUGAUGUGUUACCGGAUUUAUCUGAUGCGGCUUAUAUUGAUCCUUUCGAUGGCGAAGAAAAUCACGAUUAUUUUUCGACGGCAUUUUACGAUUCUUUAUCUUAUGAUUCAAGUGCGGACAAUGACAAAGUAAAACAAGUCACGACGGUACCAUCCUCUAUCCCUGAAUUCGAUUCCAGUACCAUCGAUUCAAACAAAGGACAGAAUUUAUUUCUUGAUAUUUCCGGUACACAACAACAAGAACAAUUAGUCAGCAAAGAGCGAGAUUAUUCAGUUUCUGAUAAUAGCGAAACUUCUUUGAAAGAUUUCGAUCAUUUUCACACUUUGGAAAAGCAGCUAACUUCUUUACUUAAAAAUAAAAUGUCAAAUAUCCUGACGCGGUAUUUACCAAAAAAUUCUUAUGAAAAUAAUUAUCGGAAUAAUAUUUGCAAUACUCUUCGUUAUAUGCGUUCCAUAUCCCAACAUCCAUGGCGUGAACAAUACGCUGCUUUAAGGAAACUUUUGGAAUAUGAACGAAAUUCCGACUAUCCACACAGUAUGGAUGAUUCUCAUUAUCGAAGAAAACGAAUGACUGAUGAUCUUACAUGGCCACAGGAUCAGGUAUCAAAUACGUUAGAAGAAGAUGAGAAAAACGUGGAUUCGUUAGAAAAUUUGAGAAAAAUGUUCCAGAAAAUGGAAAUUAUUGCUUUCUACAUUGACAGACUUCAUGAACGAUAUCUUCUUACCAAUAAGCUUGAUGACGAUUACGCUUCGAGUGAAUUUCCGAUUGAAACUGAAAAACACCGCGAAUUAUACACAUCGAGAAUUGUAUAAGAAAAAUAUGUGAAAAAAAAGAAACAUAAAUUUCUCUUUUUUUCUUGUU